CGGCCGCCUUCUCGCCCCCGUGCAACAGGCAAAAUGCUCCGCCGGAAACGCGAAGGAGGCGGGGAGAGUCCGUCCCGUUCUGUUACAUGCAGCGGCAGGAGAGGCGGCGACGUCGUGGUGGUGGUGGCGGCCGUGGUGGCAGCGGGGUGUGAGCGGCGGGAGGAUGCCUGGAAGCGGCGGCGAGGUUCCGACCAGGAGCCGGAGACGGGGACCGGCGGUGUCAAUAGCAGUGACGGCUGGCCUGUUGCUGUCGCUGCUGCUCUGGGUCUCGGUCCACAAGGUGGAGGAGGGACACCUGGCUGUCUACUACAGGGGAGGUGCACUGCUCUCUACCCUGAGCAGACCAGGCUAUCACAUCAUGAUCCCAAUUCUCACAACUUACAGAACAGUACAGACAACAUUGCAGACAGAUGAAGUGAAAAAUGUUCCAUGUGGGACAAGUGGUGGUGUCAUGAUCUAUAUUGACCGAAUUGAGGUGAUGAAUAUGCUGGCACCAUAUGCAGUUUAUGACGUUGUGAGGAAUUAUACUGCCGAUUAUGACAAGGCGCUCAUCUUCAAUAAGAUCCAUCAUGAACUCAACCAGUUUUGCAGCGUCCAUACCCUGCAGGAGGUGUACAUUGAGCUCUUUGACCAGAUCGAUGAAAACCUGAAGCUGGCACUACAACAAGAUCUGAAUACCAUGGCACCAGGCCUUACCAUCCAGGCAGUGCGUGUGACAAAGCCCAAAAUCCCUGAAGCAAUCAGAAGAAAUUUUGAACUCGUGGAAGCAGAGAAGACUAAACUCUUGAUAGCUACGCAGAAGCAGAAAGUGGUGGAAAAGGAGGCUGAAACGGAAAGGAGGAAGGCAGUCAUAGAAGCAGAGAAAAUUGCUGAAGUGGCAAAGAUACAGAUCCAACAGAAGGUCAUGGAGACGUUGACAGAGAAACGAAUUUCUGAGCUUGAAGAUGCUGCUUAUUUAGCAAGACAGAAAGCAAAGGCUGAUGCAGAAUACUACACUGCCCAAAAAGCAGCUGACUCAAAUAAGCUGAAACUCACACCAGCCUACCUGGAGCUGAUGAAAUACCAAGCAAUCGCUACUAACAGCAAGCUCUACUUUGGCAGUAGCCUGCCCUCUCACUUGUUUCUAGGUUCCUGGGCGUUUGAACACAUGAUUGCAAGGACUUCUAAAGGAGGCCACCACCUCAGGGCUCAAGAAACUGCUACUUGACGCUCAUGCCAUCUAGCCUCCUUGAUCUGAACAUUAAUCAACUGCUCAAAAUCAGGGCAGUUAUUGUUCUCAAACUGCCUUAUUGAUAAACAGAGGAAAGGAAUUAGUGGGUUUUGUUUUUUGUUUUUGUUUGCAGUAUAAACGGUUCUACACUGAGUUUGUGUCAUUCUCCAGAGCCUGCUAGGAAGAGAAUCCAAAGGCUUUUUUUGGCUGUUCCACACCAGAAGCUGGCUCCUGGGGAUUUCAAGAACUAAAGUAAUCCAAGCGCUAACGUUUACCAUUAGAAAAGAGUUGGCAAUUAAAAUAAUUGAACCUGGCUAUUUCACUCUUAUGGGGAAGCACUUGUUCCUACGUUGAAAGCAAUUGUAACAUAGGGGCUCCGAUGUACUAGAUCUUAAUAAUCUCAAUCAUACAUUUUACUACUGGAAUUUGGAAGUUGAUGCUAUUAACCAAGAGCUCAAUAAGAUAAACGUAUGACUCCAGGGGAGUUGCGUACCCCAAUUAUUUUUGGUCCCACUUGUUGGUAAGAUAAAAACUAUUGAGACUACUUCUUAGGCUCUGGCUCCAAUUCAAUUGUGUUCUUGCUGUGAAAACUUUGCUUUGGAAUUUACAAAUGUGUCUGAAGAAGAUGCAUCUCAUGACUGGAAAGUAUCAUUUCAGACUUUUUUUUUUUAAAGGCUUGUAUUUCAAAUGGUAUUUGGAAUAGGGAAAAUAAAGCUAUUUUCAUAACCUUUUCUAAGAA